AUUAUUAAUAUUUUAGAAGGAUGAAUGAUGAAAUAGAUUAACAUUUAGAGAUGCAAGAUACAAAUAGUAUGUUAAUGUAGCAAUUUGGGAAUGAGAGUGAGAGUUAAGAAGAAGGAAUGAGUCCAUAUUAAUUUUCUGAAAAUUUUGAAUUAGCUUCACCAAAUAGAAGAUCUAGAAAGAAGGAAAAGAUAAUUGAAAAGUUGUUAUCAAAUAGGGGGAAAUUCAAUGAAAAAGCCAGUUUAUUCAAUCUUAUAAAUUCACUUUAAUUAGUAUGGUUAUUGGAAAAGAAUAGGCAAUAACUCUAUAUAAUUUGAC